AUGUCGACAGGUGACAUCGCACUUCAACCUCCCGCCGACGGGAUUUCUUCUCUUACCUUCUCUCCUGACUCGACCAGGCUACUGGUAUCAAGUUGGGAUGGGACAAUACAGCUUCAUCAUUUAGUAGCGCCUCCUCAACCUCCCGCGAUUUUCUCUCAUCCUGCUGCUGUAUUGACAUCAGCUUUCGGGUCAUCGCCGACCAUCGCAUUCACAGGAGGCCUGGAUAAGCGUGUAAGGCAAUGGGAUUUCGAAAGUGGACAGUGUAGAGUGUUAGGUAAACAUGAUGAUGCUAUUUCAAGUUUAGUGUGGUGUCCAGAGUAUAACGUAUUGAUCACUACUUCAUGGGAUUCAACAUUAAAAGUAUGGGAUCCAACUUCUGAAACUCCUUUAAAAUCUACUCAAUCAUUAUCUGCAAAAGCAUACAGUCUUUCUUACGCAUCAUCUUCAUCUCGUCUUCUGGUUUCUAUGGCACAUCGACAUGUAUCCGUAUAUGACGUUGCCAAACUGGCCGCUGCGGAUGGAGAGAUUUCACCUGCACAAGAGAGGGAAAGUGCUUUGAAAUUCCUGACUAGAAAUGUUGCCACCAUGAUAGACGGUAAAGGUUGGGCAUCAGGUUCGAUUGAAGGUAGAAUCGCUGUCGAAUACUUUGAUCCAGCAGAUCAAGGAUCAAAAUACGCUUUUAGAGCUCAUAGACAAAAUGUAGAUGGUGUAGAUUGCGUUUAUCCAAUCAACGCUCUGGCUUACCAUCCUAUACAUAACACAUUCGCAUCAGGCGGAUCUGAUGGGUUCAUCUCAAUUUGGGAUCAUAACGCCAAGAAAAGAAUGAAGUUGUACUCCAAAUAUCCAACUUCCAUUUCAGCUUUAGCAUUCUCUCCAGAUGGGAGCAAAUUAGCUAUUGGAGCAAGUUAUGAGCAUGAUAACGCUGUUAGCAAACCCGAAGAACAAGGAAGAAUAAUGGUUUUAAUUAAAGAUACAGUCAUGGAGGACUGUAAGCCAAAAGCAAAAGCAUAA